CACAAAACAUUGGUCUCUAUGUACCUCAGUAUCUCCAGAUCGUAAACUAUCUUCUGUCCGCUUCAAACUCUCAGACAGAAAUUAACUUAAUGGAGUCGCACCAAGCCAAUCCCAGCACACUUUGCAACCCAGAAGGCUCCCAGAGAACCCUGUACCCAUAUGUCACUGGUACGUCUGUAGUGGCUCUCAAGUACAAAGAUGGGAUUUUGAUGGCUGCUGAUAUGGGAGGCUCAUAUGGGUCUACCUUGCGAUACAAGAGUGUGGAACGCAUGAAGCCUAUCGGAAAGCAUUCUCUUCUUGGUGCAAGUGGAGAAAUAAGUGAUUUCCAGGAGUUGCUAAAAUAUCUUGAUGAGCUCGUUCUAUAUGACAACAUGUGGGAUGAUGGGAACUCUUUGGGACCUAAAGAGAUCCACAACUAUUUGACCCGUGUGAUGUACAAUCGCCGUAACAAGUUCAACCCACUGUGGAAUUCACUUGUCCUUGGUGGAGUGAAGAAGGGCACGACAUACCUUGGAAUGGUUAGUAUGAUAGGUGUAAAUUUUGAGGACAACCAUGUUGCUACCGGAUUUGGGAAUCACCUUGCAAGGCCUAUUCUUCGUGAUGAGUGGCGUGCUGACUUGAGUUAUGAAGAAGGCGUGAAGCUGCUGGAGAAGUGCAUGCGUGUCCUUCUGUACCGUGAUAGGUCUGCUGUGAACAAGCUUCAGAUAGCUAACAUCACUGAGCAAGGUGUAACAAUCUCUAAACCCUAUGCUUUGAAGACUUUCUGGGGAUAUUCUGCUUUCCAAAAUCCGACUGCUGGUGCUGAAGGAUCAUGGUAACUGGAUUGUACCCUGAACAAGAGACAACCAACUAGGAGUGCUAAGUUAAAUGUUUACAUGAUCCAUGGUGGUUGGAAUUUGUAAAACUAUUUGAUUCGAAUAUAUGUUGGUUUUGAACAAAUUCCUUGUGACGGGUUAGCCGUUGAGGAUCGUUUCAGUGGAGACUCCUUGCCAUCUUUUAUUUGUUCAGUUUGUUGUUGCAGCAUCCAUUAAGCAUGAAUUUCUUCUGGUGACAUUUAUAAGUAUGUUGCGCUUUUUUACUC